AAGUUGUUGCCCGCAGUUUGGCUCAGACACGGCUCGGGUCAGCAGGUUGAAGACCCGGAAACGGAGCCCGAAUGGCUAUGGCUCGCCGCUCUCCGCUGGUGCUGGUGCUGCUGGCCCUGUGUGGCCCUGCCUUCCUCAUGCCGAGCACUCAGCAGAGCGCCCCAGAGAAGACUCAGCAGCUCAUGACUGCAGGCGGUGCCAUCAUGGUGGCUUCCCUCCCAGCUCCCGCCUAUGCGGGCGGCAUGUUUGACUUUGGCCUCACCCUGCCCUUCGUGGCGAUCACCUUCCUCACCAUGAUGGCGGUGCUGAACGCGCUGUGGUUUGCUCCAGUUACCGAGGAGAUGGACGAGCGCAACGCUAAGCUCCUGCAGACUUUGUCUGAGGCCACCGACAUGCUGGCGAAGGCAGAUGAGAUGCAGGUGGAGUACACGGCCAACAUCAAGGAGGCGAGGGAGAAGGCUGCCAAGGAGCUGGCUGCAGCUCGCAAGAGCACAGAGGAGGCCAUCGCCCGAGACGCGGCAGUGGCGGAAUCCGAGCGGGAGAAGAAGGCGAGUGCUUUCAGGGCCAAGCUGGAAGCCGAGAUCCAGGAGAAGAUGAACGGCGCCGAGAAUGUGAUCAAGGAGCGCCAGGCAGACUUCGUCAAGACGUCCUUGCAGGCGGUUGGCCUCUAAGCAUGGCCAUGGGAGAGCCAAUUUUUCCCCAAGAUGCGCGAGCGCUGGCAGAAAAGUC